CAUUUAUGAAUAUUUAGGAUAUACUUUAAUUAGUACUAGAAUUGUAUAUAGUAUGGUGAUGAAUAUUCAAAAUUAUUUCAAUUAACCAAUAACAUAAAAAAAUAAAUAAAUUCUCUUCACAUCUCAAUCCCACCAUCUUUAUUCUUUCCCCCCUUUCUUCUUCUCCCAUUCUCCACGUUUCUAUUUUCAACCCUCUCCCACACUCCGCACUUUAUACUAACAUUGCUUACUAAGAUACACUUCUAAAUUAUAAUUCUCUCUCUCUCUAAACUUAUGUGAUUUCUUUAUAGUAUCCAUUUCCACAUAUAUAUACAGUAUUAUAUAGAUAUAUUCAGCCAUAGCCAUGGCUCCAAUUCUGCAGAAAUAUUCUUCUACUCUAUCUUUUUUCUUGCUUCUUUCUUUCUUACUCUUGCCCUUUUACCUUGCCAAUUCGCAGUCUUUCAUCGGAGUGAAUUACGGCCAGGUGGCGGACAACCUUCCGCCGGCGGAGGCGACGGCCAAGCUAUUGCAGUCAACGAGCAUCGAGAAGGUGCGGCUGUACGGAGCCGACCCUGUGAUAAUCAAGGCGCUGGCCAACACCGGCAUCGGGAUAGUGAUCGGCGCCGCCAACGGGGAUAUUCCGGCGCUCGCUUCCGACCCGAAUUUCGCGGGUAAUUGGGUCUACUCGAACGUGCUGGCGUAUUACCCGGCUAGCAAGAUCAUUGUUGUGAGCGUGGGUAACGAGGUGGUGACGUCACCGGACCAGAAUCUCGUCUCCCAGCUCCUGCCUGCUAUGCAAAAUGUCCAAAACGCCCUCAAUGCAGCAUCAUUGGGCGGGAAAGUCAAGGUUUCGACGGUACAUUCCAUGGCGGUCUUAAGCCAAUCAGACCCCCCUUCGUCGGGGGCAUUUGGAUACGGAGACACAAUGAAAGGGUUGCUACAGUUUCAUAGUUCAAAUGGUUCGCCGUUUAUGAUAAAUCCAUACCCUUUCUUUGCAUAUCAAAGUGAUCCUCGGCCCGAAACUUUGGCCUUCUGUUUGUUCCAACCGAAUGCCGGACGAGUCGAUUCUGGAUCCGGCAUCAAAUACAUGAACAUGUUCGAUGCACAGGUCGAUUCGGUGCACUCUGCAUUGAAAGGAAUGGGAUUUAAGGAUGUCGAGAUAGUUGUAGCUGAAACAGGAUGGCCUUAUAAAGGAGAUUCGAACGAAGUUGGUCCUAGUUUGGACAGUGCAAAAGCCUAUAACGGAAACUUGAUUAACCAUCUUAGGUCGAUGGUCGGCACGCCACUUAUGCCUGGUAAAUCUGUCGACACGUAUAUUUUCGCACUGUAUGACGAGGAUUUGAAACCGGGGCCCGGUUCGGAGCGGUCGUUUGGGCUUUAUAAGCCUGAUCUUUCUCCUAUUUACGAUGUUAGCCUCUCCAAGACCACAAAGACUCCUGCACCAACCCCAGCAACCCCGGCAGCACCAACAACUCCGGCGACUCCACCGCCGGGAAAAACUCCGGCGACAACUCCAUCACCGGUAGCAACUCCGGUGAAUCCAGCUCCAACAACUCCGGUGAGUCCAGUGAAUCCAGGUCCAACAACUCCGGCGACUCGAGUGAAUCCGAGCCCAUUUGCAGGAAACCACGGGGCUGCGAGUUCAAGCAGACAGCCACACUCGCUACUGCUAAUCCUUGUUGCAAUGGUUGGCAUUUAUAGUGGUGGAAGUACAUGAAGACGAUGAUGAUUGAUAACUCGGAUAAUUUUGGUAGUUAAUUCAUGUUAUUUCAAUUUUGUAAUAAUGAUGAAAAUAUGUGUACAGAUUUUAUGGUGCCAAUAAAUAAAAAAAAUUCCUAUUGU